ACAAAAACAUAUCACGUAUAACGAAUAGUCUCCCGGAGAUUGAGUACUCCCUGUUUUGAGAGGCGUGGACACUACCUGGCCCCACAUUCCGGACGAACUGUGGAAUCGUCCAAGCGCUAACCUUCCGCCCCGAGAGGCUUUUGAGAGACCGUUCGCAUAAACCGAAGACGUUCGGGCUACCCCAGGAAUUAUAACCCCAUUCCGUCAGGAAGCUAGACAUGUGAAGGUGUAUCAACCACAAAACGCCCGACCAAGCGCGCAGUUCUACGGGGCGUUCCUAGGCUCCGACUGGAAGAUGUCGGUUGUUCACGUACCGAUUUCGGAGCUCGAGCCCUCCGGACUGGUAAAACUCUCGUCCGCGGGGUUUUAUGCCCUUUGCUCGUUCCUGCUCAUUUUUGUGAACAAAACAAUCCUGACGAACUACAGGUUCCCUUCAUACAUGUUCCUCGGAAUUGGUCAGAUGGCCGCCACAAUCAUUAUUCUCUAUACAGCUAAAAUGAACAAAGUAAUUCAUUUCCCAGACUUCAACAGAAGUGUACUUUACAAAAUUUUCCCGUUGCCGCUUCUCUAUGUUGGGAACCACAUCACAGGGCUAGCGAGUACAAAGCAAUUAAGCUUACCCAUGUUCACGGUUUUGAGGAAAUUCACGAUCCUAUUGACCAUGAUUGUGGAGUCCAGGAUGCUGAGAAAGACUUUUCCAAGUCGCGUCGUCUGCAGUGUUUGUGCCAUAGUGUUUGGAGCGGUCGUGGCUGCCAGCACGGAUUUGGCUUUCGACGCCGAGGGGUAUACUUUCGUCUUCCUCAACAACCUGUUCACGGCCACCAGCACUGUUAUGACCAAGAAGAAACUCGGGAGUGAGACUCUGGGAAAGUAUGGAUUAAUGUUCUAUAACGCCUUCACCAUCAUAGUCCCCACUGUCCUGGUCAGCUACUGCAUGGGCGACAUACAAAAGGCCUUCGCCUUUCAGGACUGGAUGAGCUACACCUUCGUCUUCUACUUCCUGGUGUCCUGUGUCAUGGGGUUUGUCCUGAUGUACUCCACCAUCCUCUGCAGCCAUUACAACUCUGCUCUCACCACCACCAUCGUAGGAGCUUCAAAGAAUGUCGCGGUGGCCUACAUUGGCAUGUUCGUGGGCGGAGACUACAUGUUCUCCUGGCUGAACUUCAUCGGGUUAAAUAUCUGUAUGUCAGGUGGACUGGCAUAUUCCUUCUUCACUUUCCGGAGCAGUGCAGCGCAGGACAGAGACGGAGGUAAAACACAGGAGCACAUGGCAAAGCAUGGCCUGGAGGAACUGAAGGAUCACCACACAGAAAAAGGCCCGUUAGUCUUGUGACACCUGUGUACAACAGCUCCCCCUAUCUGCAGAGGAGAGCAUUACAUUUCAGUUGAGUUCUUGUUGGCUCUGGAAGCCUUAAAAAAACUGUUUGGUUGCUAAUUUUGUAAAAUUACUUUUAAAAUUUUUAUAACUGUUUUGAUAUGGUUGUAUGUGUGUGUGUUCGGGGGACGGGGUGGGGGGGGCUAAAAAAAUGUUUUUUUAGCAAGGAUGCUUGUUUAUACACCACUGGAUUUUAGCUAAAAUAUUAACUACCUUUGUUUCCUACGUAACUACCAUUCCUGAUGUUUAAGAUGCCUCUGAAUGCUAAUUCUGCAAGAGUCUGGGGUAGUUUAACACAGAAUUUCCUUCAGAUGGCUCAUUGGAGAAAACAAAAUAUUCAAUAUGGAAGUGAUGGAAAUGUGUCAGCAUGAAACCUGCAACAUCAGCACUGGCUGCCCCUUGUAUUCAGUUUGUGCACUCCAAUUUGUCUGAACACAUACUUAAUGCACAUAUGAUUUUGUGAAUACUUGGGAAACAGAACGAUUCUGCCAUGAUCAAAUGAUGGAAUAUUUAUGGAAUGCUUAUGUUUACUGCCUCUCGCGGCACGUCAAUAUUUAAGUCCCAAGGGGCAAAACAGGCCGGUAUUUAUUAGCACCUGACGCUAGGGAAGUGAAACGGAACGAUGUGACGAGGCUGGUGGUGGCGCGACUGACCUGAGGUCAGCAGGGCCCGCGUGUUCACAGUGAGAAGCAUCACACUGCAGUCAUGAUUGAGAACGGUGCUUUAUUGGAAAAAUGAGUACCAGCACUAUGGACUGCCUGUAAAAUCCCUGCUUUAAAGUGUGAGCUCUACAAAGCAUAGAAGAGAAG